AUGCCGAGCGCCAUCCACACGGGCGUGCGACGGGGCGUGAGCAGUGCAUCGGAUAAGAUCCGACGCUUCGGCGCGGUGGCGUGCUUCAUUGCGAUCGAGAAGGCGAUGAUCGCCACAGGCUUGUCGAGCUACCUGCCAAUCACGCUGCUGGGCAUGUUUAGCCUGUUCGGCUUCCUGCUCCUUUUGGAGGUCACUGGGCAACCGGAGGCCGCCAUGGGCCUUUUUCGCUUUCUGGAGCCUGGCUAUCGCUUCUUGCUGAAGUGGGCGCCGGUCUUCUUCACCCCGGCCUUAGUGAAGUUGCCUCUGGUCGAGGAGCCGAUUUCCCCCUUCGAGUUCCUGAGGGUGGCGUUGCUGAUCUUUGUCGGGGGCAUGAUCCAGAUGGCGGCCGUGGCCCGGCUGGCUCAGUGGUUCAUCUCGCAAGAGCCGAAGAAGGUCAUCGAAGAAGUGGAGGCCUCACCCGCGGCGGCCUCCACGGAUUCCUCGCCACAAGGUGGCAAGGAACCGUACCCACGACCGGGACGGCCCUUCAAGAGGCGCUGGCUGCCGGUCUAUGGGCUCGUGAUGUUGGUGGCAUUGGGGUGCCUGCACUUCGGCCAUGGCUCUAGGAGCUGUGAGAUCGCCUACAUGCUUUGCUCCUCCUUGCUGGCCUUCGUUCUGGGGAAUUCCGCCCCGCCCAAUGUCAAGUCGAUCUUUCACCCGAUCUUCGCGAGUGUCUUCGGCUCGUGGCUGGCCUUGUAUUUGUGGGCCCUGAGCGACGCGACCCGCAGCUUCCACGACGUGCUGGUGACCUACAGCUCCCCCGGAGGAGCAGGGCCUUUGAUGUCAAUGCUGCUGAACCCCUUGGUGGUCGCCUUGGCUUUGCUCCUCUUCGAGCGCCGAAAGCUCCUGAAGAGGGACCGGAAGCUCAUCCUCGGCACCAGCUUGGUGGCGGCCUGCUCCGGUGUCGUGAGCACUGCCGUCAUGGCGCGGCUCUUGCAGCUGCCGGGUGCCUUGGGGCGCCCGAGCAUCGGGCGCUACUGCACGGCGCCGCUGGCGCUGGCCGUGGCCGGGAACCUGGACGCCUCGCCGCCGCUCACGGUGGCCAUGGUGGUGGCUUCAGGCUUCGUGGGGAUCUUCGCAGCGAAGCCGCUGCUGGCACGGCUGAGGGUGAAGCAGAGCCGGGAACGGGGCCUGGCCAUUGGGGCAGUCUCUCACGUGCUUGGGACGGUCUCCUUGGCCUCCUGGGACGAAGCAGCAGUGCCCUACAGCGCUUUAUGCUUCGUCCUGGCCAGCGGGAGCACCGCUGCUUUGACCGCGCUGCCGCCGGUGCAAGCGCUGCUCCUGUGGAUUUUGCCCGCGUGA